AUGAAUGUAUGCAGGGUCUCGUGGGCCUACAACUGGGACUCGACCAAGAGUGGCAGCCUGGCCUCGGGUGUUGAGUAUGUACCUAUGCUCUGGGGCACGAGCUCCGACCACACCUCGGCCUGGACCACCCACGCAAAUGCUGCGAUCUCUAGCGGUUCCACGCAUCUGCUCGGAUUCAACGAACCCGACCUGUCCUCCCAAUCCAACCUUUCUCCGUCUGCCGCCGCGGCCGCAUGGAAGACUUACAUGGAACCCUUCGCCGGCAAAGCCAAGCUCGUCUCGCCCGCGAUCACCAACGGCGCCGCGCCCAUGGGUACCGCCUGGCUCGACGACUUCCUUUCCGCCUGCAGCGGCUGCACGAUUGACGCCAUCGCGAUCCACAUCUACGACGCCGCCAGCAAUACCGCCUACUUCCAGAACUACAUCUCCGACAUCGGCACCAAGUACGGCAAGCCGGUCUGGGUCACCGAGUUCGGCGCGACGGGUUCGACGAGCGACCAGCAGACGUUCCUUGAGACGAUGCUGCCCUUCCUCGACGGCCUUUCCUCGGUCGAGCGCUACAGCUACUUCGGCGACUUCUCCGGCACGUUCGUCGAUUCGAGCAACAAGCUGCUCGCCCUCGGCGAGACCUACGCCUCGGCCUGA